UGCAGAGUUUGCAGAAGCCUCUACAGCAGCGACUUUACCAACCAGAUAACGGCAUUUCAGACAGGAAAACUGUUUGUUCCUGAGCUCAGGGCAGUGAAACUGUCCAGAGGGAAUCCGCCGGUGGCACAUUGCAAGGAUUGCCAAGGAAAUGUAGUGACAGAGCAACUCGUGUGUGAGAACAGAAGCCGGCUGGGCUUUGAACUUUAGACUUUGGAGGAAUAAAAACUCACCAUAAACACCAAUGAGCAGCAAGAUUAUUUUUGGUGGGUUUGCUGUAAGAGACUUCAUUCUGGGAGUGAGGUGAAGAAAGAGUUAAAAAAGAAGACAUCAGUUGGUGUUUGAAGAACAGCAGAAGAGGCUCCUUAAACUUCUUACCUUCAUCUGAAGAGGGGUGCCUGGUAAAUAGCCUGUUGGAUAAUCGGCUGAACCCAAGCUCCUUGGGAAGUAGCCUGGUGCUGCCCUGUCAACUUACCUUCCGGCAGGAUUGUGCGCGCUUCUGUACAGACUGAAAGACUGUCCUGUUCCUUCUCCAUAUUGAUUUUCUGAGUGGGACAAAGCAUCAAGAGAGACACUUCUGGUCAGGCACAGUUGAACCAAACCCUUUAGUUAAAUAUCCGAGGAGAAGCUGGUCUGAAUGAUUAACAAUGUGAGAAAAGAGAUGAGGAUCCAAGAACUGCCAUAAGCACCAGUGAGAAAACUCUGGGAAACGUCUGCCCAGGAUCCAUUAGUUUCAACAACAAUGAGAUUGCUGGGGAACCACAGAAGAGAGGCAAUUAUCUCUCUGCCUGGCCUCACCCUUUUCUUCGUUCAUUUACCAAUUCACACCUUGGAAUCAGCUCAGUUCACAGUCACUGGACCAGACCAGCCUAUCAUUGCCAUAGUGGGGGAGGACGUGGUGCUAUCCUGUCACUUGUCCCCCACAAUGAGUGCCGAGGACAUGGAGGUGAGAUGGUACCGGUCUGAUUUCUCUUCACCUGUGCAUCUCUAUCGCUAUGGGAAGGACCAGUACGAGCAGCAGAUGCCGGAAUACACCGGAAGGACAGAUUUCCUGAGAGACGGCAUCCGAGAUGGGCGUGUCGCCUUGAUGUUACGUAAAGUCACACCCACAGAUGAGGGACAAUACAGAUGUUAUUUUCAGUCAACUGCCUUCUAUGGAGAUGCCAUAUUAGAACUGCAGGUAGUAGCUCUCGGCUCUGCUCCUCUCAUCUCUGUGGAGGAUUACCAGGAUGGAGGGAUCCGAGUCGUCUGCCGAUCAGCUGGGUGGUACCCAAAGCCUCAAGUUUUCUGGCAAGAUCUUACUGGACGUCGGGUGCCGUCACUGUCUGAAACAAAAUCUGGAAGGCAUUAUGGCCUGUUUGAAAUAGAAGCAUCUGUGAUUGUAAAGGAAACCUCAAACAUCUCCUGUUCCAUUAGGGACGCGCUCCUCAAACAAGAAAAGAAAUCAACAAUUAAUAUAGCAGAGCCUAUCUUCCCGAAGCUAUCUCCCUGGAUUACCAUACCAUGCACCAUCCUGGUUAUUGAGUUUUUUGUUAUUUGCAGCUUACUUUAUUACUUUAAAACAAAAGAGAAGAGGGAUGAAGAAGGCAGAUGGAGAAAUUGGCUUAGAAAAGCAGUGACAGUCUCCAAGGGACUGAGCUGCUGCCUCUGGGUUCUGGCAGUGCUGGUUUCUCCCAGCUAAGCCCCCAUGCAAGCCAGGAGCCAGGGCUGACGGCCGAUCUCGUCUGUGGGGCCCAAUAUGGUAGGCAGGCUCUAAGACCACCUAGCUUGGUGUGGAACGGCUGCAGGAAAAGGCCCCUUGUAGGCUUCAAUCUGGUGCUCAGCCAGGAUGUGGGAAACCCCCUGUGAGGGUGCAGGAUUUAAAUAGUGGCUCAUGGUGACAUGAGCCUGAGGUUCCUCUCAGAGCUCCCUGCCCAGAACAGAUGGAGAGUUUGGGGCUUCCCAUAGUGGCUCAGGUUGCAUAGGGAGCUCGUAACACAGCCCAGCUCCCCCAUCCUCGAGCCGGGGUCUUGGGGGAAGAGGAGCAGCCAGGGCCAGCCUUAGGGCUGGACAAACUGGGCCUAUGCCCAAGCCACCAUAGCCAGAGGGUGAGGCAACUGGGCAUGGGUGUUGCUAGGCAAAGGGGGUGCAGGGUACAGGGCAGGAGGGCAGCGUGGCAGGACAGGCUGGAAGCAUAGGGAGGGGGACACAGGUGAGAGGGGAACGUGCAGGGGUUGGAGAGCCCAUGGGUGCCAGGGAAAUGAGGGGGGCUUUGCCCGCAAGGGUCAGGGCACCAAAACACAAGUUUGCCCAGGGUGUCAUUUUCCCUAAGGCCGGCCCUGGGAGCAGCGAAGGUGGGGAGUAGGGUCCUGAAGGAGGAGGGACUUGAUGGGCCCCGGCUUCAACCAAGGUUCUGGGGCUCUUGCCUAGAGCAGUUUCCUGGGAAACGGGAGAUCCCUGUUGUAAUCCCUUUGACCCAGGGUCUCCUACAGCCCCCAGGGAGCACCUAACCACUGGGUUAUGGGUUAUAAGGGAAUGUAGCUUCCCUCCCCUCCCUUCCCCUCCCCACUCACCGUUUUGUAUUGCGCUAGUCCACCUCUGAGCCCAUCUCUCAGCUCGGGCCCUGCAGGCAGGAUGGGCUUUCCCCUGCCAGGGAAGCAGCAAUAAAUAUGUUUCUUCCUGGACUGAUCGAUCGGUCACUUCCAGGGCUGAAUGCACCAGCCAGUGGUGCUGGCCCACAGGGCCUGGAGGAGCCACUUGAUUCACUCUCCCCUAGGGAUGGCUCUUAGGGUACACACCCAAACAGUGCCAGUUCUCAGCCAAUAGGAGCUGAGAAAUUUUGCUGGGGACAGUGGCAGUGCACAGAGCCUGCCCCCUACUCCUCCCGCUGCCUGGAGCAAAGAGUCACAUGGAGCAGCCAGUCAUAUUGACCAGCCUGGAGCUGUGGCAGGCAAGGAGCCUCAAGUUCCUGUGGGGCUGUUGGCUGGGAGAGGUGUAGGGUCUAGGUAAGCGCCUUCCAGCCAGAGCCUGCCUCUGGGAUCCAGCUGCUCCCCUACCCCAACCCCCUGCCCCAGGCCACCAUCCAAACCCUCUG